UUGACCUUCGGUAAGUGCGCUCCAACGAACUGGCGCACUUUUCAAAAAUUUGAACGCUCAGUUGAAGCCAAAAUCAUGAGCGCUCCUUUAGAAGCCUCCGAAAACAAUACAAUCUCCGAUACUAAUCUCUCGUUGAAGAAUCACCAUGAAGAGCGUGAUUUGAUGGUUCUUUUCGAAAACUACCAGAAGAAAGAACAAGAAGCAGAUGAGAAAGUUCUGUCGGUAUGUCGUAUGAGGAGAAACCUACCCAAGGUUGUUGGUCAGCUGUUAUUAGAUGCAAAGUAUAAGAAGAAGGAUGUUAUUAUGGGUGCUCCAAUUGAUUAUGAACCUCCUGAGAGAAUUGAUGUUAAAAGCAAAAUAAGAGAUAUCCAACGAGUUAUUGCGAGAAAUGUAGAUUUGGACAAAGCUUUGGAGAACUUGGAAGAAGAUACUGAUAUGAUCAGCAAAGAGAAAGAAGACAAGAAACGCUAUUUCGAGUUUCUAGUUAACGCUUUACAAAACGAUGACUUCAUGCCGUACGCAUGA